GCUGGCGAGGAUGCGCUCAGGCCCAGCUCUGAGGUCCUCGCCCCCGCAGGGCUGUAGGGACACUCCGCAGGUGGCCGCACGAGGUGGGCGCGCAGGAUGCUCUGGCAAAGCCGGCGGCCUGGGCAGGGUAGCGGAGCUGUGGGUGCUGUGCCUGGACGCGCAAACACCUGUGGCUUCCGGGAGCUGGGGCCGGGCGCACCCGUUAGAGUCGGCCUCCUGACUUCUGGGUCAGGGGGCCACCUCAGCGGCUCCCGGAGCUUCCUCGGGGUUUUUGGCUUUGAUGCUAACCGUGGACAGAGACCCUGGGUGGAGGUCCUAUCUCCUUGCCAAGCUCCGGACAUCCGACAUCCACUAUCUUUCAAAUCCUUCUGAACCUCCAGGACCCAGGGAGGGAGCCAUCACUGGAGGCUGCCCUUGUGCCAAUGAGCUUUGCCAAUACCUCCUCUACCUUCGAAGACAAGAUGUGUGAGGGGAACAGGACAGCCAUGGCCAGCCCUCAGCUGCUGCCCCUGGUGGUGGUUCUCAGUAGUAUCUCCCUGGUCACAGUGGGCCUCAACCUGCUGGUGCUGUACGCUGUGCACAGUGAACGCAAGCUACACACCGUGGGCAACCUAUACAUUGUCAGCCUGUCUGUGGCAGACCUGAUUGUAGGGGCAGUCGUCAUGCCCAUGAACAUCCUCUAUCUCAUCAUGACUAAGUGGUCCUUGGGCCGCCCCCUCUGCCUCUUUUGGCUUUCUAUGGAUUAUGUGGCCAGCACAGCAUCCAUCUUUAGCGUCUUCAUCCUGUGUAUUGAUCGCUACCGCUCCGUCCAGCAACCCCUCCGGUACCUGAGGUACCGAACCAAGACCCGGGCUUCCGCUACCAUCCUGGGGGCCUGGUUCUUCUCCUUCCUGUGGGUUAUACCCAUACUUGGCUGGCAUCACUUCAUGCCCCCAGCCCCAGAGCUUCGGGAAGACAAGUGUGAGACAGACUUCUACAAUGUCACUUGGUUCAAGAUCAUGACUGCUAUUAUUAACUUCUACCUCCCCACUUUGCUUAUGCUGUGGUUCUAUGUGAAGAUCUACAAGGCUGUGCGGCGACACUGUCAGCACCGCCAGCUCACCAACGGGUCCCUCCCUUCCUUUUCAGAACUCAAGCUGAGGUCAGACGAUACCAAGGAAGGUGCCAAGAAACCUGGGAGAGAGUCUCCCUGGGGGGUUCUGAAAAGGCCAUCAAGAGACCCCAGUGUAGGACUGGAUCAGAAGUCAACAUCUGAAGACCCCAAGAUGACCUCUCCAACUGUCUUCAGCCAAGAGGGGGAAAGGGAAACACGUCCCUGUUUCCGUCUCGACAUCAUGCAGAAACAGUCUAUGGCUGAGGGAGAUGUCAGGGGCUCAAAGGCCAAUGAUCAGGCCUUGAGCCAGCCCAAAAUGGAUGAGCAGAGCCUGAAUACUUGUCGGCGGAUCAGUGAGACAUCAGAGGACCAGACCUUGGUGGAUCAACAGUCCUUCUCCCGGACCACAGACUCAGACACAAGCAUAGAGCCAGGGCCGGGCAGAGUCAAAUCGAGAAGCGGGUCUAACAGUGGCCUGGAUUACAUCAAAAUCACCUGGAAGAGGCUCCGCUCACACUCCAGACAGUAUGUGUCCGGGCUGCACUUGAACCGAGAGCGGAAGGCAGCCAAGCAGUUGGGUUUUAUCAUGGCGGCCUUCAUUCUCUGCUGGAUUCCCUAUUUCAUCUUCUUCAUGGUCAUUGCCUUCUGCAAGAGCUGCUGCAGUGAACCCGUGCAUAUGUUCACCAUUUGGCUGGGCUACAUCAACUCCACGCUGAACCCCCUCAUCUACCCCCUGUGCAACGAGAACUUCAAGAAGACAUUCAAAAAGAUUCUGCACAUUCGUUCCUAAGGGCAUACCAAAAGGAUGCCACAUAGUGGAUAGACAACGUCUGAUGUCCAAGAGGGAACCAGAGGAAGAAAGCAUGGGUGUCACUAGACCCCUGAGCAUUAGGAAGUGGAAUCUAAGGUCCUGGGCUGAGCAGUCUGGAGGCAUUCCCAGGAGCUGUCAGAAGGAAAGCAGGCAGCAGAGCGAUUGUGCUCUGGGUAGAAUGCAGAGCAUCUGAAGGAGACCCAGGCAGAGCAUGCCUGGCCCUCAGGGACUGUGGGAGUCUCAGAUACUCCGUGGAAGUCAAACUCUCUGACUUAAGUUUCUUGGUAACUGAAGUGGGAAUGUGUGGCUAUAGUUCUUCUGGAGGGUUAGCCUGGACUCAGACUUCCCGAACAAAAGCUGUGUGACUGCAGAGACAUGCACACCGAUGCUGUCCCCUUCCAGGGGUUACCUGGAGAGGCCUGGCAGCUGUUUCAUUGCAGCCACACUUCUCAAAAUGCAGUCCUUCCGAGCCGAGCCUCUCUUACAGCAUUGUCCAGAGCUAUGUGCCCCACCAUGGAACUUGCCUUACCCGUGUCUCAGAGUUUCUAGGAAAUUAGGCAGCUUGUGAGUCCAUCAUUUUCAACUCUUAGUUCUUUUGGGCUUUUAAAAUGGCGGCAGCAACAACAACAACACAGUAACAAAAACUGUCCUCAAAUGUCAAGAGGAGGAGGAAGAGACUUUUGAAUGGUUCUAUUUUAAGCAAAGGAAAGGCAAGACAGCCUUAUUUCUUUAAGACUCCACCAGGGGGCUCUCACUCUAGGCCCCUGGCGUGACAAAGGAAAAGAGGUUCCUGGAAUCAUUUGAUACUCACGUCAGAAACUCGGGAUGAGAACUUUGUAUGGCCUCAGUUCAUCACUUCUCCAAAAGGGAAGAAAUGUCCCCUGCCAUGUACUCACAGUGUUCCCCAAGAGAAGUGACAGUGUCCCGAGUAACGGGCAUGGAGCACACCUGUCCACAGAGGGUGACCCUCGGAAGGGACAAAUGUGCUUUUCUCUAUGAGACUGUGUGGUUUCUGGUCACACAUGCUGAACGAAUUCUGUUGAAAUCAUGGGAACGUCCAGUUUUAUUUAUGACAGAAUCGAGUUGUGAUUUAUAUUUUAAAAUGUAAUGUUGAACAUCAAUGAGUGUUGCAAGUAGGAACCCCUGUAAAAGCUGGCCUUUUGUGUCUGUGUUCCUGUUUGCAUGACCUGUCCAAAUGAGAUAUUUUUGCUUACCUAAAACACGACAACAUUUGGAAGGUA